AUGUUAGCUAUGUAUCGCGUUGAGACUGCCACUGCGGAACCAACGACCAACCAGGACUGUGACUCCCCGUUGCCUGUUGAUAUUGAAAUCUUGGGCCAACUGAGGCGAUUGGAGGAGGGAAUCUGGGAUUCGUUCAUGGUUUCAAACUUCCAUGCCUGCUUCGUUGUCCGUGGGAUAUUUAUCUGGUUGUGGACUGUGCUUGCUUUUCCCCCAGUUGACUUGCUUGAGCUCGCAUACGCUGUACACAUAAACAUCAGUGAUUGA